CAGAUCCUUAGAUAGAUUAGGUGACGCAAGUUUUAACCUCUAGCGGCGGCUGAACCCUUUUCAGCCACUUUCCAGGAUGAUCAUCACGACGUGACGUUAUGACAAGGCCAAUCGUAACGAGAGAAGCAUUGUUACCUAGAAUGCGAUUUGGAGGAUAAAAAAGACAUCUUCAAACUUUAUCAUUAAUAUACAUUGAAAUUAUAUAUAAUCGGAACAUUGCCGUCUUUUUGAAUAGCUCCAUUAGUCAAUUUCAAUCCGCAACGCUUCGUUCGUAUUACAAUCCAAUUAUCCGGACGCCCGGCGUUAUUACUACGCCCCCCAGGCUUACGCUUCGUCUGACGUUCGAAGCUGAUCAAUUGUCGCGCAACGAUAAUAAAUCCAGCAGCAUUCGCCAUUGAAUAGGAGAAAGAGAUUAUCAACGGCGCGAAGUAAUGUCUUAUGCGCAGUACGACCAAUAUGGAGGAAAUCCACACCGUGGCUCGACGCCAGGAUAUGAUGUAUCCCAGAGUGACCCAUACGUGCAAGGCGAAUCUACUGAACUGAGGAAUAUGUCGGUCGCGCCUGUCCAGGCGACCCAGGGUGGUACAUACAUCGAGCCUCAUACUCAGCGCGAGUUCCUCGACCAGGUCGCGGUCAUUAGAGACCUUCUCAGAGGCUUCGACACUUCCAUGACCGAGGUCUCCAGGUUUCAUCAGCGCCUACUCGAUGCAACAGACACCGCGUCGGCAGCAGAGCUCGGGCCAGGCCUCCAGCAGCUCGAGUCGGAAAUUCUGUCGCGAAACGAGCAGCUGAAGAGGUUGAUCAAGAACCUAGAGCAGGAUGCGGCCAACACGAGGAAUGAUACGCAGAACAUGAAGUUCACCCAGAUCGCGCCGCUGAAGAAGGAAUUCCAGUUGAAGCUCACGAAGUAUCAGGGUGUGGAGCGCGACUACAGGACGAGGAGACAGGAGCAGAUCCGGAGACAAUACCUCAUUGUGAACCCAGAUGCUACCGACACCGAACUUGCCGCGGUCGCCGAUGCGUCCAAUGACCCGGCCAGCCAGAAUGUGUUCCAGAUGGCACUCACCAACCGCCGCGGCCAAGCACAAUCGGCUCUAGGCGCUGUCAAGGCUCGCCACGACGAGCUCCAGCGCAUUGAGCGCACGAUCACUGAGCUGGCCGUUCUAUUCAAUGAAAUGGACCAGCUCGUUGUCGCGCAGGAGCCUCUUGUUGAGCGCACAGAGGCAAAUGCUGAGCAUGCGACAACGGACCUCGAGAGUGGGAACGUGCACGUCGGUAAGGCUGUCGUCCAUGCCAAAAACCGCAACAAGCUCAAGUGGUGGUGCUUCUUCAUUGUCGUGCUUAUUGUGCUGGGUAUCGCCCUGGGCGUUGGUCUUGGGGUUGGCUUGGCUAGUUCGACGAAAAACAAGGCACAGAAUGCGACACAACGUUGAGCAGUUGUGGUUUGGCGGAAGAAAUGGGUUGGGUUAUAUGGUUACGCGGUUAUGUGGUUAUGGUUACGUGUUUAAUGGGUAGAGUAGGGGGGUGGUAUAGGUUUGUGGGUUACUCCUGGAUGGGUGUAAGAUAUUCGAGGAUUUGGGGACCCAUUUUCUCGAAUCUAGGCUUGUAGAUGUUGAAAAAGCGCGCAGGCCACUUUAAUAAUAGUUAUAAUGUCAUAGUUAAUCGGA